UACAAUAAUAAAAAUAUGCCGUCUGUAAAAAGAAUUAGACGGUGUAAUUUAUAUGGUGGUAGCCCUUCUGAUCUUCCUAUUACAGAUCUAGCAACUUAUGGUGAUGUAGCAAGAUUUUUCUACAAAUUAAAAGAUUUAGAUGGUAUUAAAGACAAAAAUAUUAUUAUUCAAAGAACGCUUUGUAGUUUAAAAGAAAUAUGGUUCAAUUGCAAUUCCAAAUUAGUUUUGUUACCUGAAAAAAGUUUGAUUGUUAAACUUUUAAGAUUUUAUAAUAAUGUUAUUUCUUGGAAUGGAAAUAAAAUUAAACCUUUGACCAAAAAAUUGUUGGAAAAAAAUAAAGAAAAACUUUUUGAUCUGCUAGCAUGUAAUUGCAAGCUUGAAGUUCUUCCUUGUGAUGACAGGAAUAUCAAAUGCUCAGGUUGUUCAAAUGUACAUCUUUACUGUAGUUGUGUUGGUAGUAAAAAUGUUCCUUUGGAAGAGUGCUCCUAUAUAAAAGACCAAAGGGAGAAAAUUGGUACUAAAGGAAAGUUUCAAAUAGGAGGUAUUGAUAACUCUGUUUUAUCACCUACCUCAAGAAAAACAAAGCAAACAAAAGCUUCUGAUGAAGAAAUUUAUAUUAAAGAGUUUGACACAAUCAUGGAUUCAGAUCAGAGUGAAACUUCAAUUUCAUCAUUAAAUCAGACUAGAUCAAAGAACUAUAACACUACCCACUAUCCCAAAUUUGCUUUAGAGGUUAUUAGAUAUGGAAUAUCAGAUGAAGCAGCUGCCGCUGUAGCUAAUGCUCUACUUCAAGAUAUUGGUUAUCUACAUCUAAAUGAUGUAAUUGAUCCAAGUAAAAUGAAGAGAGAGAAAGAACGAGUAUGCUUUAAUGCUAGUUUUGAGCAAUCUAAAGUUUCAAAUAUAAAGGCAAUUGGUUUGGAUAGCAAUCGUAAUAAAAACUCAUUGGUUUAUGAACAGAGAGAUAUUGACGGUGAAAUAAAUUUUUGUAAAUCUACCAGCACUGUAGACCACUUGACAUUCACAAUUGAAUCAGGUAAAGAUAAUGGUUUAGUUGCUUGUCUUGAAAGAAUAUUGAAAAGAAGAAUUCAUUUAAUUGGCUGUCUUCUACAUGUUAAUGAGUUACCUUUGCGUCAUUUAUUUUCUAAACUUGAUGGUUCUUCUAAUAGCUCAAAUAAUUAUUUGGGUAAUCUAAAUAAUAAUAGUAUUUUUCAUUCUUGGUGA